CCCCGCGCACUGGGCGCCCCAGCCGGGCUCAGGUGCGGACGGGGCGGGCGCGCGUCCUCGAAGGUUUGAUGUUAAGAUCGAGAUCGGCGGAGACGGCGGCGAGCAGAUCCUGCAGCUGGAACUCCACCCCGGCCCCGGCGCCCGACAUGCACAUGCGGCGGGAGCGGUGCGGCGUCCCCCGCCCGUGUCCCCGCCAUGGAGGUGCUGCGGCGCUCCUCGGUUUUCGCCGCCGAGAUCAUGGACGCCUUCGACCGCUCGCCCACCGAUAAGGAGCUGGUGGCCCAGGCUAAGGCGCUCGGCCGGGAGUUCGUGCACGCGCGGCUGCUACGGGCUGGCCUCGCCUGGAGCGCGCCUGAGCGCGCGGCGCUCGCGCCGGGCAGCCGCCUGGCCGAGGUGUGCACCGUGCUGCUGCGCCUGGGGGACGAGCUGGAACUGAUUCGGCCCAGCGUCUACCGCAACGUGGCGCGCCAGCUGAACAUCUCCCUGCACUCCGAGAGCGUGGUGACGGACGCCUUCCUGGCCGUGGCGGCCCAGAUCUUCACCGCAGGUGUCACCUGGGGCAAGGUGGUGUCCCUGUACCUGGUGGCCGCGGGGCUGGCCGUGGACUGUGUGCGGCAGGCCCAGCCCGCCAUGGUCCACGCGCUGGUCGACUGCCUCGGGGAGUUCGUGCGCAAGACCCUGGCCGCCUGGCUGCGGAGGCGCGGGGGAUGGACCGAUGUCCUCAAGUGCGUGGUCAGCAGUGACCCCAGCUUCCACUCCCAUUGGCUCGUGACCGUGCUCUGCAGCUUCGGCCGCUUCCUGAAGGCUGCUUUCUUCGUGCUGUUGCCGGAGAGAUGAGCCCGGCCCGCCCGCACGCCCUCCGCCGAGCCGCCCUCCCGAGGAGCCCUCCGCACGCCCAGGCCCUCGAAGUGGGAAGGCGGGCUCCCGGGCCUGGAGCCGUCCCGUGGCCCUGCCCUUUGUGCCCCUUCUCCUGGAGCCGGGUCAAGGUCACCUCCUGGGCCAGGAGGAAGGCAGCUGGCAACUCCGAGCUCUCACCUGACGCCAGGGUCCCGUCCACAGAGGGUGACACGUCAGAGCGUCGGCCUGAAGGUGACCCAGGCCUGACGCGGCUGCAGGAGCUGUGGGGCGAGAGCGUCAGGCUGCUGCGCUCUGCUGAACCCAUUUCUGGGGGGAGUCCUCCCCUGUGGCAGGGCGGGGCUGGGGCUCCAGCCGCACACCUGACCCGUGAUGCACGAGCUCCCGACGGGGUGUGUGUUUGAUCCCAAUAAAGAGUCACAGCC